AUGGCAAACGUGGCCGGAUAUCGCGCGGUUGUUGAGAGUGCAAAUUUCUUCGGUCGUUUCUUCUCUGGCAAAAUCACUGCAGCCGGGAAAAUCGACCCAGCCAAGGUGCUUGUGAUCGGUGUUGGGGUGGCAGGCCUAUCGGCAAUAGCUACAGCCAAGUCUAUGGGUGCUAUUGUCAGGGCAUUCGAUGUGCGGCCCAGUGUGCGCGAACAGAUAGAGAGUAUGGGUGCUGAGUUUCUGACUGUGGAGAUUGACGAGGAUGGUGCGGGUGCGGGAGGAUACGCCAAGACCAUGAGCCCAGAAUUCAUCGCGGCCGAGAUGGCGCUAUUCAAGGCACAGGCGGAAGAGGUGGACAUUAUCAUCACAACUGCACAAAUCCCUGGUACGAACCUCUCAGUGGUGUCUGAUACCAAUGUACAUGCAGUGCAACACAUGUGGGUGGUCUUGGUAGGGCGGCCAUGUGCACCUGUCACAUGUGGGUUGUUUGAAUGA